UACUCGCUGGCGGGACGGCUGAGCUGCCGGUAAUGCGUGUGUCCUUGUCUGCUGUCAUCCCGGUAAAGCAGUUACACAAGUCGGUAAGUCCGCUCUCUUGGGAGCGGGCAGAGGAGUCACCACGGAGGAGUCACCGAGGGACAGACUGAAAACUUCUCUCAACUGCUGCCAACGCUUUGUGGUGCCAUGAUGAAGAAAGUCUGGGAAGUGAUCCUGCUGCUGUUGUUGCUGCUCUUCACAGAGCAUGCAAAGGGAAAAGGUCAAAACCCGCCAGGGAAACCCACACUGACCAGAUGUCGUUCUCCAGAGAAAGAGACCUUCACCUGCUGGUGGGAGCCAGGCUCUGAUGGGGGACUGCCCACCACCCACGCCCUGUACUACCGCAAAGAAAACUCUGACACAGUGUAUGAGUGUCCUGACUACCACACAGCCGGAGAGAACUCCUGCUUCUUCAACAAGAACGACACAUCCAUCUGGGUCAACUACAACAUCACCGUGGUGGCCACCAAUGCACUGGGCAGCACCUUCUCCGACCCUGUGGAUGUAGAUGUGGUGUACAUUGUCAAGCCUAAUCCUCCAGAGAAGGUAACGGUGACUGUAAUGGAGGAUAAGGGCUGGCCCUUUCUGCGGGUGUCAUGGGAACCGCCACAUAAGGCUGACACCCGCUCUGGUUGGAUCACGCUCAUCUACGAGCUCCGCGUCAAGUUGGAGGGGGAAAAUGACUGGGAGAUGCACCUUGCAGGCCAGCAGAAGAUAUUUAACAUCUUCAGCCUGCGGUCAGGUGGUAAAUACCUUGUUCAGGUGCGCUGUAAGCCCGAUCAUGGCUUUUGGAGUGAAUGGAGUUCAACUUCCUACAUCAAAGUUCCUGACUAUUUUCAUCAGGAGAAGUCAGUGUGGAUCCUCGUAACGGUCUUUUGUGCCUUCAUCUUCCUCAUCCUCACAUGGUUGCUACACAUGAACAGCCGCAGUCUGAAGCAUUUCAUUCUGCCUCCAGUCCCUGGCCCUAAAAUCAAAGGAUUUGAUAAGCAGCUUCUCAAAAAUGGCAAAUCUGACAAUGUCUUCAGUGCACUGGUGGUAUCUGAUUUCCCUCCAACCACAUCAUCUAACUAUGAGGACUUGCUGGUGGAGUACUUGGAGGUGUACGUCCCAGAGGAGCAGGAGCUGAUACUGGAGGAAAGCAAGGAUCUACAGGAUAGCUGCCUAAAAUCUGAGAGCUCCACAUGUGACAGCGACUCUGGCCGAGGCAGCUGCGACAGCCACACUCUGCUGAUGGAGAAGUGUGAAGAUACAAAAGAAGAAGAGAGGCAAGCAGAUCGGGAAAGCGGUCGAAUGCAAACGGAGGCACAGUCGCGCCAGAAGGACUGGGAGCAGGAAGCGCUGACCUAUGCUCAUGGAGACAUAGUUAGCCCUGACAUGUCCAGUGGGAGGGUGAAGACCUGGCCCUCUGUGUUUUCUCCGCUGCCCCAGUACAGCUCAAACCCACUGGACCAACAGAGCUCACUUGAGAUGGCUAAACAGCAUUCCCUCUCGACGUCCUCCUAUCUCACCCAGCCUGGCCAUGGCACCAAGGAGACUCCCGGGCCGAGCUACUGGGACUUCUGCAUGAGCGACAAGCAGCCUCAUCUGCUCCAUCCUCAGAUGCAGGCUCACCGGCAACUCCAGGCCCACAGCGAUGUCAACAUCUCCAGCAUUGGUUGCAAACCGGCACCUGCUGGUCUGCAGUCGCCAGCUCUCCGGGCCACAGAGUACGUUGAGGUCCAGAGGGUCAGCAAGGAGGAUAUGGUGCUUCUCCAGCCCGUUGUGUCAGGCUGUGGCCGCAUGGAAGGCUGCCCCCAGAUGCACCAGGGGGAGGACUACAGCAAGGUAAAGGGGGUUAACAGUGACAACAUGCUGCUGCUCCAGAGAGGGGUGAUGGAAGACGACGGGUGCCCUUGCGUGGACCAGGAGGUGAAUGGAAUGACUGGGAACGGCCACACAUCAUCAACUGUUAGCACUAUGCAGAAGCCUUCAGCCUGCAAUCACACUGCCAUGCAGGUACAGGACGAAACGGUCCUGGGAGUGAAUGGAUAUGUUUACACUGCCACCAUGAGCACUCCAGCCAUUUGCUAGGUGGCCCACAAGCCCUACUGGCAGGUCUGGGACAUUGCAAGACCUGUUUCAGGCCAGAACUGAGACAAAAAUGGGUGACUCCUUCAAAAAUUGUUGCAAGGACAACAAUUACUUGCCACAGUUAUUUAUUUCUCAUCUUAUUCUCAUGUAAGAGACUUUUCAUUAAUUACACUGCAGUGACACGCUCUUGAGAUUUCAAAAGAAUUUGAUUGAAUGAUCUGAAUAAUAAUCUUGCAGUAAACUUUAUGAAGAAUAUAAUUGAUUGUAUAAGUUAUGUGGUAUAUGCUGUCAUAAUGAUAUGUAUAUAUUAUGAUAUGUCUGACACAAAUCUUUUUCUUGGUACAGGCACACAUUUUAAUAUCUUGAACUUUUUUAAUAUCUUUGAUGGAAUAUAUUGAUGCAUACUGAUGUAAUGUAUCUGUAAAUUAUUUGUGUAAAAUCAAACUUGCAGGAAGCUCAAACAUAAAAUGUUUUUGUUUUGUUUCA